UCGGUAUUAUCGCGAGAUCUGUGUUUAAAGUCCCAGUCCUGAUGAACAGGAUUAUAGAGUUAUUAUUGUGAGGUGGAUGUAAACUACACGAUAUGUCUGAAAUAUAAACAAUAUAACAAUAAACAAUAUAACAAUCUGCGCAGGUUGUGUCCCGAACCAGCCGGGGUCUCGUAUAUUAAUGAAAAUAAAUAUUUAUAUAACAUGUGAAUAUAAAUGCGGAUUCAGUGUAGAGGAGUCAUGUGGAAAUUCCUUUAAAAAGUACAUGAUUAUAUUUAUUUAAUUACUGUUUCGGACUCGGACAUCACGCGCAGGUUGUGACGUCACUGACAUGCGUUUUGACAUAUGGCUAUGGGAGCAGAAAAAAAGAAAGAAAGAAAAAGCACCAAGAUCGCGACGCAAAAGAGCAAGAAGAACUUAAAGGGGCCCCCUGACAAAGUUUUUUUUAGGGCCCCCAGAAGUCUAGGACGGCACUGGAGGUUCCAGUUCAUCCUAAAGGCUGCGUGAGGUUAUGGAGCGGAUCGGUGAUGUCAUGCAGAUGUGCUGUGAGGUUUCAUCCAAUCGGCAGAUGAAGGCAGCAGUGAGGAAUUCUGGGAAAGGAGCGGUGGUGGCAGGAGGAAGUGCAUUUUUAGGAGGACUGCUGCUCGGACCUGCCGGAAUCGCUGUUGGCGGGGCAGUCGGGGGUCUCCUGGGCUGGGGGAUGACGAGCGGUCAGUUUAAACCGGUUCCUCAGAUCCUCAUGGAGCUUCCUCCUCAGCAGCAGAGGAAGCUUUACACGAACGUGAUGGCGGUUUUGGGCUCGUUGGACUGGACCGACGCCCUGCAGCUCAUCGCCCUCGUGAUGGGGAACGCCAGCAUGCAGGAGCGCGUCAUUGCCACCAUCCUCACCUACGUCACCAACGAGCUCCACGCUGAGAUACGAUACGGAGACUGAGCACACGACCAGCACACACAACAACAACAACAACAACAACAUCAACAACAACAACAACAUCAACAACACAGCUAGUACAUCAUCAACAACAACAACAUCAUCAACAACAACAACUACAGCUACUACAUAAACUUUCAGCAGAUUCACCUCUGUCAACUUUUAUUUUAUUUCAAUUUAUUCUAUUUAGUUGCUUGAAGGUAAAUUUCAGAAACUGUAGAAAAGAUUGUGUGUGGUGUAGAACAUGUGGGAAACACUUUACACUUUGUGUGCGUGUGUGUGUGUGUGUGUGUGUGUGUGAGUGAGUGUGUGUGUGAGAAGAAACCAUAAAUUAAUUCAAUUAGAUUUAAAUAAAUAAAGUUGAAUAAACCUCCUGCUUUUUUUCUUAGUUUUAACGAAUCUCCUGGUCAUUCCUGAGUUGUAUUACAUGCAGUUAUUUUUUUUAUUGUUAUUAUAAACAGGUCUGGAAUCUAAACUCAGCAGGUUUAGGGUGAAAGGUGUGUAAUCUGCUCUGUUCGUUAUUAUCCAGCGCGGGUUACUGUGAAGUUUGCAAUUUAAAUCUAAAACUGUGUUUAUUAAAUAUUCAGAAAUGAUGUCAGGAGCAGGAUAAACAUUACACUACUGCACAGAAAUGUCCUACAUUUAAGCAGGGUGUGUCUGCACACUGGUGGGCGUGUCCUUGAGUAUGACAGGAGAGUCAUAUAUUACCUCAAAACCACACCCACAUUUCAAUAAAUGAGCAAAGGCAUGAGCUGCUUUUAUUUUCUCAUAUGACACGCCAAGAGUUCAGUUUACAAGCAAGCUCAAAGACACACCCACCUUCUCAUAAUGGCGCUUAAGGACAUGCCCACCGGGACACGCCCAGUUUUUAUUCUACAAUUUUAUAUCAUAGGAAUUAUUCCUUUUGUUUGUUUGUUUCAAACACAGUGUUCAUCACUGCAAAAAUAUCACACACACACACACACACACACACACACACACACACAGAGUGUUACAUAAAGAAUGUAAUAAACCCCUG